AUGUCUAGCUUGCAUUCUCCCAGAAUCCAGUGCUGCUGUUGUGCUGUGGGGGUGUUUGCAGCCAUGUUUGGCAUAUUUAUGUUGUCUGCUGGAAUCUGCAUUGUUCUUAAUGUAACUUUUAUGGAGGUUGACACAAGUGGCCUGCCCCCAGAUCUCCACAAUGAACAUGGCAAGAAGGUUGUUGGAAUCAUACUGAUAUGUGUGGCUAUAGCAUUCCUGGGUCUCAGUGCCACCGUUAGCAUCAUGUACUUCACUUUGUGCAGCAGGAAGAGCCCUGAUGUCACAAAACAACACAAGACAACCCCUGUGGGAACCACUACUGGUCCAGAGCGUAUCAGAAGUAGAGAAUCAGUACUGCAUGGAAAGAAGCGAGCUACAUCUUCCAGCUUGAAUGUGGUGCCUGUCCACAGACCAGGCAUGCACCUGCAUUCUGAGUUCUCCAAACAAAAGAAGUCUUAUCAUGUAUUGAGAAAUCGCCCUGUUUUACCACCACAUCAAGAAGAAGAAGUUGAUCUAUCAAAGUCAUCAACGGAACUAAACAGAGCUGAUGAGACAUUCUCAGCCAGUACAACAAGCAAUGGGAAGAAAAGGAAGCAAAGGGAUAGGAGAGAAGAAUCAGUAGAAUCUCUUGAUGUACACAUUAUUUCAUACUCAAACAUUAGGACACCCGUAAUUGUAGUUGACAGCUUUCAUGAGAAAGAACUGUUGGCCGAAGAUGAAAUGGAGACCCAAUUAAAUGAUUCAGUAAUAAGGUUUGAUGAAGAUAGUGUUUCCAACACUUUCAGUGAACAAUGUCGGGAGGUAGAGUCUGGUGUUCCAGUAUUUAACAUUAAUGUUCCCACCGCGGGGGUAACUAGUAGUUCUUCAGCUGAUUCUCAAGAUAUAAUAAUAAGGCACAACAAUUUGUCAAAGUUAGAUUUGAAAUCUCAUCCAGAUUAUCUUGAUACUGCCAGUAUUCAAACUGAUUUUACAUCUUCCAGCAUUGCACUUGUGUCUUCCUCAUGUACGUCCCUGCCAGAACUACAGCAACAGGUUCUGGUGGUCAGACCUGCUACAGGUGCAAGUCUUGGUUCAUUGACAAAUAUUCACAGUCCUAUAGACAGUUUUUCUGAGGAGGAUAGGGACAGUCUUUCAUGCCUACAUGUGAUCUCAGAUCAGCAUAGUACUCAUACUAUUCUACUUGAUGAAAGUCAAGAUGGUUUGAAUAGGAUGCAUCAUAAUUCAGCAUUCUCCUUCGAUGGAAAUGAUCCACCCCAGCAGUGUGAAGUGGACGGAUAA